AGCGCGGGUUCUUCCGCGGGCUCAGGCGCGUUGAGGGCGAGCGGCGGCGGCCAUGGACGACGAGGAGGAGACGUACCGGCUGUGGAAGAUCCGCAAGACUAUCAUGCAGCUGUGCCAUGACCGUGGCUACCUGGUGACCCAGGAUGAGCUGGACCAGACACUGGAAGAGUUCAAGGCCCAGUUUGGAGACAAGCCGAGUGAGGGGCGGCCACGGCGCACAGACCUCACGGUGCUGGUAGCCCACAAUGACGACCCCACUGACCAGAUGUUCGUCUUCUUCCCAGAGGAGCCUAAAGUGGGAAUCAAGACCAUCAAGGUGUAUUGCCAGCGGAUGCAGGAGGAGAACAUCACCCGGGCCCUCAUCGUGGUGCAACAGGGCAUGACCCCCUCCGCCAAGCAGUCUCUGGUAGACAUGGCCCCCAAGUACAUCCUGGAGCAGUUUCUGCAGCAGGAGCUACUCAUCAACAUCACGGAGCAUGAGCUGGUCCCAGAGCACGUCGUGAUGGCCAAGGAGGAGGUGACCGAGCUCCUGGCCCGGUAUAAACUCCGAGAGAACCAGCUGCCCAGGAUCCAGGCCGGGGACCCGGUGGCCCGCUACUUCGGGAUAAAGCGAGGGCAGGUGGUAAAGAUCAUCCGGCCGAGUGAGACCGCAGGGAGGUACAUCACCUACCGGCUGGUGCAGUAGCGCCCGGCUCCCAGACAUAACACGCGGUCGCCCUUCCUUCUCUGUCCCGCGCUGCGGCCUGGAGACAGAUGAGGCUGUGGCCACCGCCCCCCAGGAACCUCACCGCUGCUGCUCUGGA